AUGAUAGACACUGGUAGCCCAGUGAGUUUACUCAAAGAGAAAUUGUCUCCAGUGGAAUCUAUUCCUUACAUGCUUCCUGGAAUUAAAGGGACUGAACUCAUCAUAUUAAAUCAGGCCUUUGUAGACAUAUAUCGUCCUGAUACUAGUGACCCAAUAAAUGUAAAAUUGAAUAUUGUACCUGAUAACACUAUUAAUUAUGAUUGUUUUUUAGGUGGGAAUUUUUUGUCACAUCCGAGAAUUAUAUUUACUAUUAAUAAUGGAGAUUUUGGGAUUGAAAUUAAACGUAAUGAUAUUAUAACAUGUCCGUAUAAUACGACUACGGAUUAA